AUGUUUUUAGAAGGCGGAGCUCCAACUAUGGCUGGUCCAGAAAAGGGUAAAGAAGCCGUAGAAAGUGGUUCUAUGUCUUCUUCCGAUAUCGCCAAAUUUACUCGCCAGAUACUGGAUGAUACCUUCUACAACAUUAUUCAUGACAUCGUGGCAAAAGUCCACAAGGAGGAGAAAGUCGCACGCCAGCAAACAGCUGUAGUCGUCGCAAGACAGCUUGCCGAAGAGUCGACCCAGGUCAAAGACUCGGGCGAAGAGCCCAACGGAACAGCUGAUGCUGGCACGUCGGCUGCACAUGAGAACGUCGUAAAGACCAGAGGCGUUCGACUGGAAACCGACAGUGCCAUUUUCGACAGUGGGAAGGUUUACCUCAAGGGUAACCCCUUGGAUAAAAUUAAAGAGAUAAUAUGUCCCAACUGUCGUCUCCCACGCCUAUUAUAUCCAGCAUUCGGAGAAGGAUCAAGACCUGUGGAUCCCAACAGAGAAUACUGUCGCAAACAGCCCCCCGUUAACCUUCACGGCAGGGACGUCCACGGCCACCUGUUCGCCGUGGAGAAAAUCACCAAGAAAAAGAAAACUCAGCCUACAUCAGGCACACCCGGCUCCAGUCCGCCAUCUAUCCCCGAAACACCUGGCCCCAACCCCCUCCUACAACCGAAACAAGAUAAAAUCUAUGUCCCUACAACCAAAUGUCCGAACUGUCCACGCUACUUCCUUCUCACCAAAAGUGCUCAACAUCUCGACAGAUGCUUGGGCAUAUCCACGCGACAAAGCCGAAUACGCACCCCGCUCACCAAUAGUGAGGUCAGUACUCCUGGGCCAUCACAGCCUGCAAACGCACGGAAACGAGUCCGUGAAGGCGAAGAAGAGAAUGCCGGCCCAAUUAAGAAAAAGAAGGAGUUCGGCAUUCCAACAAAAUUAAAGGGCCAAAAGCCUGCUGCGCCGAGUAAACUGAAGAACGGAACUACUGCAGAUAUGAUCUCAGUAGAAGCCACGAAGCCGGCGGCCAACGGGAGAGCCGGGAAACAGAAAGCAUGA